AAUAAAAUACCGAUCAAUUUGAAGAAAGUUCAUUAGAGUUUAACACGUACCCGUUCUAUUAUUGUGGCGAGAUCUUUUAUCUCUGUAGCACAGUUCGUUUCAAGUACUUAAGAAAAUUGCUCCUGUUGUAAAUGUAUAAGGAGGUCUGUUUGGUUUUUGAAAAGGGUAAAUAUUUCAAGUGUUCAUCAAGUCGUUAAAUUUGGAUUUGCAAAAUUUACUUAACUGUUAUAAGAGGAUUUGUAUGGCUAAUACAGGUUACAAUCGUGUAAAAAAUAAAGACGACAUUAAUUGAACUUACAGGAUGACUAAGUAAUAAUAACAUAGGAUGUUUUCGAUUUAAUGUUAUGUGAGCAAUUUGAAAUGUGGGACUACUUUUGGAUAUAAUUAAGCGGAGUAAUCAACAACUUUGUGAACAGCAAAAAAUAUGUGUACCAGUCAUAACAGAGAUUUCACGCAACGUGACGAGUUUAGUGACGUCACAAUAAAAGUUGAAGGCACGAGCUUAUUCGUACAUCGUCAGUACCUGGCGGAAUGGUCCGGAGUUUGGCGGAAACUGUUUCUGUCAGAAUGUGAAGAUCCAUCCGCGUCAAUUGAGAUCGUUCUUGAAGACAAAACACUGGAAGAUGUUACUCAACUUCUACAAUGCAUUUAUUCUAGCCAAAAUUAUAUAACAGAUUCAAACGUACAGUUGAUGCUCGAGUUCGCAGAAGAAUACGAGAUGGCAAAUCUGAAACUUCGAUGUGAAGAGUAUUUACUAACUCAAGAGGUUUCAAUAGAAUCGCUUGUAAUAGCUGAAAAACAUAGUCUCAAAAAUCUGUUCAAACAAUGCAUGGAUUUUGCUAAAACUCAGACUAUGGAAGACCUGGAGCGCCAUCCUUUGAAAAAAGAAAUCAGUGAACAGACGCUUAUUGCUAUAUACAAGGAAAAGGUGUAUAUGAUGAGAGACUACGCAAACGAAUUGAAACAAAACGAAAGUAAGCUAAAGAGGCAAAACGAUCAGUUAAGUGACGAAAAAGAUGGAAUACUGAACAUUUUCAAAAACAUGGGUAAACUUUGGGAGAUGCCUAACAAACGGUGUUAUAAACAUAUGACAGAUGAAAAGUUUGAUUUCACGUGCCGAGAUUGCAACGAGAAAAUGUCACGUGAAGUGAGGCGGAUGUGUAAUGACGGACAACACGUUCGGAGAUACUUUAUACUUAAUAAUAAAUCACGGUAACAGUGCAGAAUGUGAAAUAUAAUGUAAAUAUUUACAUGUGUACUCGAAAGCAGCUGUUGUGCGGACAUUUUGAUUUCAAAGUAACAUAAUCUUUCUCAUACCGAAUAUUAUAGAGCUAGGUGCAUAAAAUUUCGAAUACGAAGAAAUGAUGGGAGAUAUAUUAGAAUCUCUACUCUUAAAGAGAACAUGUGCCGUGUCCUACCAAAGGCGCAUCUGUACAUAGAUAUUUUAAUAUGUAUAUAUUUUAUGUUUCUAGAUCGUUAUUCAUAAACAAAUACAUGUAUGUACGCUCUGACAGAAAUAUAGACCCGUUCAACACUGAAGUUUAAUCCGACUUUGGUAUUAUAAUGUUGGAAUCACUCAAAUUAGUCUCAUUUCAUUUUUGGUUAAAUGUAAAGUCAAAGCAUGGGAUGUGUGACCAAAACAUAUUGUGAGAAUACAUAGAUUUCAACGACCUACACUUACCACAAUAUGCGCAAAUAGGGAACAUGCGUUUCCCGUAUUCAUUCCUUUAAUAUGGAGUCCUGUUAGUGCCGUGAACUUAUUUUCGUGUGGAAUCGCGAAAGGUCGAAAUAAAGUAAAUGGACAUAGCACAUUCAGCCACCAUAUAUCAUGUUUUUUCCCUGCUCUUCUCCAUACUAACUAAAUUGUGUUUUUAACUUAUUAUCAUUUAUAUCAAGACAUUUUUUCAUUUAAAAUAAAUUGCUACCAUGAUUCGUGA